AUGGCCAGGGAACACAACGCCUAUGGGCCAGGAUAUCGCAAAGGCCAACUCGAUCACCAUGAAUGGCGCACGGCCGAAAACAGCGCAGAGCAACUCUUGCCUACCCUGGUGGCCAUGGUAGCCAAGAAUCCGGAAUUGAAGUUCUUGGACGUCGGCGCUGGCUCUGGCACCUUAACAGCAUCCUUCUCCAAGUACCUGCCGCAGGGGCACAUUACCGCCGUAGACCUAUCGGAUGAGAUACUCGCCCGCGCCAAAGAAUGCAGUGACGAACAGGGAGUCAAGAAUGUGACAUUCCAACAGGCCAGCGCCUAUGAGCUUCCGUUCCCCGACGAGACCUUUGAUGUUGUGCACACCUCGCAGAUGGUGGUUCACCUCGAUGAACCGCAAGAGGCUAUCAAAGAGCUUGUUCGCGUCUGCAAAACUGGUGGUGUUAUUUCCAUUAGAGAUGCUGAUAUGCGGAUGUGUCUAUUUUGGCCCUCGACGCCUGGUCUAGACUUGUGCCUGGACGUCUGGGACAAAUUUCAGACAACAAAUGGAGGUUCCAGCAUUGGUGGCCGUAGGCUCAUAUCAGUGGCUCUUGAGACUGGUAUCAAGCGCGAUCAGAUUCAGUUGAGCUUUCACACCUGGUGCUACAGUACGCCGGAAGAACGAAACAUGUGGCGUGAGUAUAAUGGGCCUCUAGUGUGUUUGGGUAGAAGCUGA